AUGAAUAAUAAUUUAAAUUAUGCUGCAUAUAAUUAUCCAAAUUUAAUGAUUACAGGAAAAAGUAUUCCUCCUCAACAAAAAUCUGUGCCUUCCUCUACAAAUAUUGCUUUUGGUAGAGGAAUAACAACAAUUACACGUAGAAAACAACAACAACAAUUAAAUGAAAAACAAAAUUAUUUAAAUAAAAAUAACAAAACAAUAAUUCGAAGAAGUGGAAGUGCUGGACAAUUAGCUGAUAAUAAUCGAAGAGAGUCAACAAUUUCAACUUCUGCCGUUUCAGUUUUUAAUACUUCAACUCAAAAUAGUAGAAGAGUUGUUUGUAAUUGUAGAAAUGGAAAUUGUAAAUGUGUGCCAAGUAUGGCUUUUUUAGAGGGGGUUUAUGUACAAAAUUUGCAAACACAAAUUGAGGUGCUCGAAUUGGAAAAUGCUUAUUUACGAGGUGCUACAGACAGAGGUGCUUUAUUUGCAAAACAACCAACAACCGAAGACAAUUAUUAUAAUAAUAUUCAAAAACAAAGAAAUUCUUCCAAUUUAUUUAAUAAUCACGAAAAAAUGAAAAUAAAUAAAAAAGACGAAUUUGAAGAUAAAAAAGAAGAAAUAUUAUUAAAUAAUUUAUUAUUAAAAAAAGAAAAAAGAGUUGGAUUUUUUAAUGGAGAAAAUGAAAAAAGAAAAGAAAUAAUUAAAGAUUGGGAAGAAAGUUUUGAUUAUAGUGGAGGGGAUGAUUCUGAUAAUAAUAAUUGGAAGAGAAGAAAUGAAGAAAGAAAAAUUAAAGAGGAGGAGGAAGAAGAAAAAAGAUUUUUGUUAUUAGAAAGAAGAAAAGAGAAGAAAGAAUUUGAAGAAAGGGAAGAACUUGUUAAACAAGAAAUUAGAAUAAAAGAAGCCGAAAUUUUGAGGAUUAAAGGGGAAAAACAAGAAUUGGAGAGAAAGCUUAGAUUGGCAGAAGGUUUUCCCCUUAAAUUUUGA